AUCCCUACCUAAACUAAUCCACCAGGAACACCACCUCCUAGUCAUCCAUACCCUUUACCCAUCUUGUACCCUACAUAUCUUUGUGACACACACAGAAUUAGUCAUAAGAUAUAUAAAUACAUAUGCAUGGUAAUAUAAGGUGAUACAUAUCAAGAAACCAAAAAAGAUGUCGGAUAUGCAGGACACGAUGCUGCUGGGCUUGGAGGGAAUCAAGAAAACCAUCCUGCAUGGAGGCACCGGAGACAUCCCAAAACUCAUCACUGGGGCAAAGGUGACAUUUCACUUCCGCACCCAGUUGUGUGACGAUGAACGUACGGUGAUAGAUGACAGCAAAGUGACGGGGACGCCCAUGGAGAUAGUGAUCGGCAACAUGUUUAAGCUGGACAUCUGGGAGACCCUGUUGUCCUCUUUGAGGAUCGGUGAGGUGGCUGAAUUCUGGUGUGACACCACUCACACUGGCAUUUAUCCACUUGUGUCCAAGAGUAUGAGGCGCAUUGCAGAGGGCAAAGACCCAGUUGACUGGCACAUCCAUACAUGUGGUAUGGCCAACAUGUUCGCCUACCACAGCCUUGGCUAUGACGACUUGGAUGAGCUGAUGAAGGAACCGAAACCCCUCUACUUUGUCCUGGAGCUGCUCAGGGUGCAGCAGCCCAGUGAGUACAACAGGGACACAUGGGCUUUGAGUGAUGAGGAGAGGCUGAAAGUGGUCCCUGUGCUGCACGGCCACGGGAACAAGCUCUACAAACAAGGUCACUACGAACAGGCCACCCAAAAGUACAAGGAGGCCAUCAUCUGCAUCAAGAAUGUUCAGACAAAGGAGAAAGCAUGGGAGACCCCAUGGCUGAAGCUGGAGAAGAUGGCCAACACUUUAACGCUCAACUACUGCCAAUGUCUACUGCGCAUAGAAGAAUACUACGAAGUCAUUGAGCACACUACCGACAUCAUCAACCAGCACCCAGGUGUCAUGAAGGCCUUCUACCUGCGAGGGAAGGCCCACGCGGAAGUGUGGAACGAGGCAGAGGCUCGGCAGGACUUCAGCAGGGUGCUGGACCUGGACCCGGGCAUGAAGAAGGCCAUCAAGAGAGAGCUGGCUGUGCUUAAUAUGCGCAUGGAAGAAAAGAACCAGGAGGACAAGAUCAAGUACAAAGGCAUGUUUUGACCAGGAGAAACUGCAGCAGAGGUUGGAGCAUCAAUGAAGAGGUGGGCUAAAGAAGAGUAAAGUGAUUAAAUCACUGCCCCCACUGCUAAAAAAAAAUCCUGAAAGAAUCACUGAAAUCAGGAUGUUAUAUAAGCCACUUCCUUUCAGCUCCCAUCUUUCCUUUUCCUCCGAACCAGGGGUGAGACAACCUAGUAAAUUAAGGACUUUUCACCCUUACAGUCUCACUGAAAUUGUUGGAUGUUUCAUGGAUUUGUUUAAAUGCUUGACUUGAAUGUUUGUAUUGCGUUUGUAUUAUAUUCCCAUGUUAAGCAAGGCAUUGAGAUGUACCUAAAUACCAAGAUUAAGGGUAUAUUAAGUGAUUUAAGUGAGAAUUAUAAAUAUGAAGCUGGAGCUACCAGCCAAUUAGCUUAUGUCAGGGUGGCAGUAGCUCAGUCAGUAGGGAAUUAGUUUGGGAGCCCCAUAUGGACCAAGGUAUGGUGGUGAACUGAAUGCCAGUUCAACUCCUAGGCCAAUAUGCUCUUAAGCAAGGCACCAAACCCCCAACUGCUAGGGGCACCUUUCCAUGGGCAUCCCCCUCACUCUGACAUCUCUCCAUUUAGUGCAUGUAUAGGUACUGAGCAUGUGUGUGUAAUAACAACAGAGUGUAAAUUGUAAUUUCCCCUUGCAGGACUAAUAAAGUAUCCAGUAUAUUACAUUAUAAAGACGGGAAACAACUAGCUUUGCUCAGUCCAACUCCAUUAUAACGUGAGCUUUAGAGGUGAUGGUAGGUUAAUAUAUUAUUUUCACUUUUGCCUGGCUUACUCUUUCCCAUUGUUUCCAGUGUUUAUGCGAAGAUAAACUAGCCAGCUGCUGGCAGUAGUUACAAAUUUACAAGACAGACAUGAGAGUACUUCUUAUCCAACUCUCGGAAAGCUUGGAAAUAAGUGUUUAUCCCAAAAUAAUAAACUAUUCUAUUGUUACUUUUCUGAUAUGGAAUAUUUCCUCAUCAUGUAAAGAAAACAAAUCCAUGAUACUGAUUGAUUGCUAAUAAAUUGUUAGAGCAGUAUAUAUGGAUUUCUGUGUUUCGAAUAUGACCCCACAACAGAUUGUUAUGUGCAGAACCAUCAAAAGGACAUGUCACACUCUGCCACUAUUUCCCUAAACAAUGUUGAAUAACUGAAGUAGUGGCUAUGUUUUUUCUAAAGUGUUAUAAUAAGUCACUAGUCAUAUCAAAUAAAAUUAAAACCAAGUUUCUUCUCCAAGUCUUGGAAGCACAUUGACCUUCCACAAGGUGGCACUCUGACCACAAGUAUGCCCCUGUUUCAACCUAAACCCUGUUGGAAAUGAUCCUGAGCCUGUCCUAUCAGCAUUCUCAUUUUCAUGAAGAGUCUAGGGGCUCAUAAAAAUAUAUAAUCUGGGUUUUA